CUUUAUUGCACAAGAGGAGACGCAUGUUGUCCCAACUGUUUCUGUCUAACUGUUUCUGUCUAACUGGACUGUCCAAGUGAUCGAGGAGACUUGUGUUUUUUUUUUCCUACAGUCUUUUAAUAAACAUAAUUAUUUAAGGACAAACAUGGCGCUUACAGAUGCUGACGUGCAGAAACAGAUCAAGCACAUGAUGGGCUUCAUUGAACAAGAGGCCAGUGAGAAAGUUGAGGAAAUCGAUGCUAAGGCGGAGGAAGAGUUCAACAUCGAGAAGGGGCGUCUGGUUCAGACUCAGAGGGUGAAAAUCAUGGGACACUAUGAGAAGAAGGAAAAGCAGAUUGAUCAACAUAAGAAAAUCCGGAUGUCCAACCUGAUGAACCAGGCGAGGCUAAAGGUGCUGAACGCCCGCAACGACAUGAUCACGGAUUUGUUGAAUGAGGCUCGUCAAAGACUUGCAGAGAUUGCCAAGGACCCUGCUAGAUACUCUGCCUUACUGGAGGGCCUGGUGCUUCAGGGUUUCUAUCAACUGCUGGAACCUAAAGUUACCAUUCGAUGCCGACAGCAGGAUGUAGAAAUGGUUCAGGCUGCAGUUAAUAAGAACAUCCCUAUUUACAAAGAGGCAGUGAAGAGCAACAUAGUCGUCAAAAUUGACCAGGAACGCUUUCUUCAUUCAGACAUCUGCGGAGGGAUUGAAGUAUAUAAUGACAACGGGAAGAUCAAGGUUUCCAACACUUUGGAGAACAGGCUUGAGCUGACGGCACAACAGAUGAUGCCUGAAAUUAGACAGGACUUGUUUGGAGCCAAUCCAAACCGCAAGUUCACGGAUUAACAGCGGAUUCAAAGAGAGCAGUGUGGACACAGGUGGUAAAUACUGUAUAAGGUGACCAAAGACCUUUAUCAUACUGAGCACGAGUCUGCACAAUCACUCACCAUUCACUUACUGGGAUGCUACUGAUGUGUUGAUAUAUCUUUUUUACUUUUGCACUAAUUGACUGCGUAAUAAUUCACAAGUGCACUUUUAUUUAUGUGUAAGUGCCUUAUAUUGUACCUCUCCAGAUGAUUUCUAAAGGACUGCAUUCAAUUGCAAUGUAAAUGUAUUCCUUCUUUAAAACAGUUUUACUGCGUGUGCAUGCGGACAGCGAAAGGAUGUUUACCAUUACCCUGAGGCACUUAGCAUACAAAAGCCAAAUUAAUAAAUAAAUGUGUGUGACACUGACAAA